GCCAGUCACAGAAGGUUAAAAUGACCCUGUGGUAGGUGCUGGUGUUUGAAACAGUGCCCUCUGUAGCUUAAGGUGAAAUCUACUCAUUUAGACCAUAAUAUUAAUGGAGAUCAUGGGGGGAACAACUACAAAGACUUAUUACUGUUGAGUCUGGCAUGGUGUGCAGAUGAUAAAUGUAGGUGUGCUGACUGGACAUGGAUUGCUGUGCUGUAGCGUUGUGCUGGGCAGGCCUUUGCUGGCCCAUGGGUAUGCUCUCGAUGUCGGGGUAUAGGUGGGUUUACGCUGCCUCCUCCCCCGGUCACCCUGGCUACCGGUGCUGCGUGCCAUCAGCGCCUCUCUCGCCUGUUUGCUCUCUCUGCUGUUAUUUGGACUCACACCCACUUCCUCACCAUGAGGCUGGGUUAGAAUCAGUCUUGUUAUCCAAUUAAUAUGGUAAUGAGCUGAUAAAUAUUUAUGACAGAUUUAAAUUAUGCAGAAAGCUUUCUGUCCUUUAUGCGAAAUGAAUCGCUCGCAAGACUUCAAAGCACUCUCGCCACACUAACGAGCGCAGAAAAUUUGCAUAGGACUUUAAUCAGCUGCAUACUGAUUAUGCCUCAUUACUGAAAGUGGCAGCUGCAGUCUUUGUCUGGCUUAUUCCAGCGAAGAGGAACUUUUUUGCACUUGGGCUGCCAUAACAUCCGAGGGAAGCAGAGGAGGUGCUUGUGCAUCCACAGAGCCAAAGGCUGUUUGAGACUCCACUCUGCUGGGUCGCUCUAUACUCCCCUUUAAGGAUACCCGCGUCUUAUAGCUGACUGGGAGCUGUCCUGUACUCCUCUAUGCUUGUGACAGAGUCAGGAAUGAGCAGUCCGUCUGAAUCGAGCAGAGGAGCCAUGGGCAAUGGCGACAGAAGCCCAGGGCUACGGACAAAUGGAGUGAACUUCGAAAGACGGAGCAUGCAGACAGACUCUGUCAGCAGUACAAACACACAGACCCUGCUGCAACAGUCCAAGUCUGCAGAUGCAGCAGAACCCCCACCCACCAGCCAGUUGGGGGCGCUGCCUCAGGCUCAGCUUAUGUUAGCUGGGGGACAGAUCACUGGAUUGACGCUGACCCCAGCACAGCAGCAGCUACUGAUCCAGCAAGCACAAGCGCAGCUUCUGGCUGCAGCGGUGCAGCACUCGGCCAGCCAGCAGAGCAGCACCACAGGAGCUGCCAUUUCUGCCUCUGCAGCCACGCCCAUCACUCUCACCCAGCCCAUCCAGAUCACACCAGAUCUCCAGCAGCUACAACAGCUGCAGCAGUUCGUGCUUGUGCAGCCGGGCCACCCUAUCGCCACGCAGCUGCAGCCGGCGCAGUUCAUCAUCUCGCAGACGCCGCAGGGGCAGCAGAAUAUUCUGCAAGCCCAGAAUCUGCUAACACAACUACCUCAAAACCAAGGCAAUCUACUGCCGGCUCAGACAAGCAUCGCCAUCAGCACUCAGCCAGUGACACCUACGCGCACAAUUGCAGCUGCACCUGUGCAGGCGGUCAACCAUGUGACACCAAAGCGCAUAGACACGCCCACUUUAGAGGAGCCCAGCGACCUGGAGGAGCUUGAGCAGUUUGCCAAGACAUUCAAGCAGAGGAGAAUCAAGCUGGGAUUCACUCAGGGGGAUGUUGGCCUUGCCAUGGGCAAGCUGUAUGGGAAUGACUUCAGUCAGACCACGAUCUCCCGAUUCGAAGCCCUGAACCUGAGUUUCAAAAACAUGUGCAAGCUGAAACCGCUGCUGGAGAAGUGGCUUAACGAUGCAGAGAACCUCAACUCGGACCCCUCCCUGUCCAGCCCCAGUGCCCUUGGCUCACCGAGUCUGGGCAUGGAGGGUACCAACCGGCGUCGCAAGAAGCGGACCAGCAUUGAGACCAACAUUCGAGUGGCCUUAGAAAAAAGUUUUCAGGAGCAGAACCAAAAACCUACCUCUGAGGAGAUCACCAUGAUCGCCGACCAACUGAGCAUGGAGAAGGAGGUGAUCCGUGUUUGGUUCUGCAACCGUCGGCAGAAGGAGAAGAGGAUCAACCCACCUAGCAACAUCAGCACUGGAAACACAGCAGUGAAAGCAGUGUUUGCCCCCUCCAACCCUGUGGUCUCGAGUACGGCCAGCCUAGUGACCAGUGCAGCCCCUGUCUCACUGGCUGGAAACCUGCCCCCAGCACUGACCAGCACAGCCGCCUCCAGCCUCGCCUUCACAGGUGUGAGUGAUGCAGGAAUGCUGGGAGAUACUGGUGGUCAUACUUGCCAGCCCAGCUGGCCAGUCUGUGUGAGCCCACUGGUAACACACUGUCAAGGGUUCUCCCUUAUUCCAGGCCCGACCCUCGGGGCAGCAACUACGAACGCCGCGUCUGGCAUAUCGACGGUUACUAUGACGACCUGCACAGCGACACCCUCGUUCGUGGAGGGAGGCCUGCCCCAGAAGAUGGCGGUGGUGACGCCGGCGCGGACACCUUCCACCUCGACCUCGCAGGUGAUGAUGGCGCCGCCCGGACUGCCGGCCGCCCUGCAGAGCCUGGGCCCGGGGCUCAUGGCGUCCCCGCAGUUCACGCCAGGGGGGGCGCUGCUGAGCCUGGCUCCAGCAGGGCUGGGAAGCGCUCUGAGUCCGGCCUUGAUGAGUAACAGCACCCUUGCCACCAUUCAAGCACUGGCAUCCAGUGGGACUCUGCCGAUCUCCAUCGAUGGAAAUGGGAACCUGUUAUUUGCGAAUGCUAGUGCUGGAACCCCCAAUCUGGUACCUGCUCCACUUUUCCUGAGCCCACAGAACUUGUCCCUGCUGACUAGCAACCCAGUCAGCUUAGUGUCUGCGAGCGGGGCUGCGGGGGGAGUUGGAAGCGGGGCCCUCAACCUGCAGGUCACCUCUGCUCCCCAUGGCGAUUCCCACCAUGGCACGGUGACCUCCACCAAGGCCCAGUAAAGACCGUACUGACUGGUCUGCUGCCACCAAGAGCGAAGCCUGGGCUGGACGUCCCUCCUGCUGUUUUUCCAUGAGCUUCAGGCCUGAAGACACAUCCUGGGUCUUCAUGCUUGAUUGUGUGGCUCUUGGCAUGUAGGAACUUCUUGGGUCUUUUUUUGCAAAGACUGCUACUGAAAGAAAUGUAGGCAAUUCUAAUAUAAGAAGAUCAACUGCAUUGACAUAUUUACAGAAGUAAUUAUUAUUGUACUGGUUAUCUGUCUCACAUAUGGAGGAUGGGUGAAACUUUUAUAUAGAAGCUUUUCAGUGUUCACUGCUGUGCGUGCUGAAGAGGCUGAGUGUGUAUGCGUGUUGACUUUCUUAAUGAAUUUUUUUAGCUUUAAAUUGUCCUUAACUGAAACCUUAAACACGGUUAGAAGGCUUUAAGCUUACAGGGAGCUGAGUCCUUGCUUAGGCUCGUUUUACUGUAAGGGAUCGUGCUAUUCAACAUGUGUGUCUCUCUAAAACACUGGUACUGCAGGAGUUUGUAUGAAUUAAUAUGGUGGUGAGGACUAUAGACAACACUGAUUUUUGUACUCUAAUCGUGAGAGCUUUACAGGAAGCUGACGUGCUGUGGUUCUGGCUGUCAUAACUGGCACAGCCUAACAGGGAGCGAUGAUGGCGGCGCUCUCCAUCCUCAUGCCUUACGGUCCUUUAUGCGGUCGCUCAGUGCAGGUGUCGCUCCUGGCCUUUCGGGUCUGGCCCAACGCUUCGGGUUCCGGUCUGUGCCCAGAACUAGAGGACCAUGUUGGCAGCAGCUGCUCUGUGGCUCAUUGAUCUCUCUACUCUUUAACCAGCCUCUAUUCAGAUACCAAAAAUAUUUCUCAACAUGUGUCUGUAUGUUUCUGUAGAUUAUUAGCAUAUUAGUGUCUAUGAGGAGAAUCCCUACUUAGGUCAUGACUGAUAAUGCAAUACCGUCAUGACACUUUCCAAAGACAGAUGGGCGAAAUAUUUUAGUUUCCAUGUGAGGAGGUGCGUGCGUGCGUGCGUGCGUGCGUGUGUGUGUGUGUGUGCGAGCACAUGCAUUAGUGCAUUAAAGCAAAUCAUAUGGAGGAGAUCCCUAAUGAGCUUGGAUUGCUGGUCAGGUGCAUUUUUAUGCUUGAUUUUUAAAGAAAUGUUUGAAACCUUAACGCCCACUCCAUGUGAUAAUAAAACUGCAUGUGUGUAUUGACUUUUUUUUUCUUUCUAGAACAGCAGUCUGUUGUGUGCUCUGUAUCAGUCUGUGUUCUGCAUUGGACUGACUCUAACCUUGUGAAUCAUGGUCAGGCUUAUGUGGAGCUGUGUGUUCCCUCUUCCCUUACAAACUUCAGCCACCAAACAAAAGCUUGAACCAAAGUUGUUCCCUUUUGCUGCUGUGUCUGGUCUGGUCUGUCUGUCUGUCUGUCUGUCUGCGUCUGUCUGUCUGUCUGUGCAAGGAUGUUACUGUGUGACCAUGAUUAAGACUUCACCACUGUAUAAACAUCUGACUACUUAUGAAACUUUUUUUUUUCCAAGAAAUUGAUGGUGGUAACUAGUAUCUAGCUCUAAGCCAAUUUGCGUCAUACCACCACCAGGUGGAGUGUUUCUAUGGGCCAGUACCCCCCCCCCCCCAUGUUGGGUCUAUCACUAUUACUGCUUUAGUGUGGUUUUCUCCGUAGAUUCAGACUAAGUGAUGAUGUAGAGAUCUUGCUUAUCACAGGACAGGUUGUGUAUAUAUUAGAGAUGCACCGAUUUGUAAAGGCCAGCUAUCGGUAUCGGCCAAUACAGCAACAAUCAGCCAUCAGUCAAUGAUUAUAAAUUUCCCACUUAUAAUUCCCCAUGUUGUUUUGCAUACCUGUGUACUAAACGGUAAGAAAAAUGUCUGGUGUGUGGAAGUUUAUUGUUCACAAAGACAUUAGACCUUAGAAAUGUAUUUUGCGGACGUCGCUUUGCUAAAAUUUCAUGAGGAGGAUCCAUUAAAAAGCAUUUCAAUGCAGCAGAUCGAUUGCUCAUCUUAAGGUGGGACAGUGAAGAUGGGAAACAAAUCCGUUCCCAUAAAGAAGGCUGCAGUACAGCCAAAUAUCGCGAUUCCACCAGUAGUGCGAGCAUUUAAUGGCGAAAAAACUCAAAAGAUAUUACUAGGAAAAUUAUGGAUUUAAACACACUUGAUGGUCAGUCCUCCUGUUUAUAAAUGUUAUAAAUAUGUACAAUGUAUACAGUUAGAAAAUAUAGUGCUCUGGGACUGCUGUAUGCCAGAGUUGCUGGGAAAAAUACUUAUUCAUGUUUUUGGAAUGUAAUUUAUUUAUUUUUUUAAUUUAUUUGGGUGGAGUGUCCCUUUAACCUCCCAAACAAUCGGUAUCUGUUAUAUAUAGUUUUCUAAAUAAUUGGCUAUUGGUAUCGGCCAGAAAUGUCCUUAUCGGUGCAUCACUAGUAUGUAUCUGAGAUAGCUAGUGGUUUACUGGGAAAAAUGCAGCAAAUUCCAGCGGCCUGUAAAUUAUGAAAAGUAUUGGUAAUUCCCUGUAUUUGAAUUAAGGUUAUCACUUAUUAAAUAUAGUGAUUUGUAAAUAAUUAUGUGUAACUGUUUGUGAUGGUGCCGGCUGCCUUCCUGUGAAGCAUCGCAGGGAUAUGGCAUGGUUCAUGGAGCCAUCGGUUGAUGGCUGAGCUCCUGACCUCCUGUAGGCUCCUGAUUUAGCUCUGGUAAUUACCAGGGAAACAGACUCUAAAGCCACUGGUCUUAAUAACAUGUGAAGAUACUCUUGCUUUUUUUUUUCUUCUUUUAAUAGAAAUGAAUAACAAUCAGUUUUUCUAGCCUUUUAAAUUUCUUUGUAUGGUUUCCUUGGCUUUGACCAUAACCCUUCAGAAUUGCCUCUUAAUGACUCCAUCACCAUGUAUACUUGUGAGGGGUGCAUUUCACACACUGCAGUGGUGCGUGAUCGUUGGCUGAUCGUGGAUAUGGUGUAACUGGUUGAAAGGUGGGAUUAGGGUUGCAAAGGGGCAGAAUAUUUAGGGAAACUUUCCAUGGGAAGUUAAGUUGGGGAAUUUUGGAAAUCUAGAGCCCCAUGGGACUCUGCCUUCUUUGCCACAUCUGACAGCUUGUGCAAACUGUAUGAAUAAUACAACAUAUAUCUCUCAUAAGCUGUGCGUUUUCAUGUAUAUGCUUGUUUUGCUGUGUUUUUACAUACACAAUUACAAGCGCUUCGUCACAGAGUGAAAUCAUUAUUGCCAUCAAGAUUUUUUUCCCUCAGCUACAACUACAAGAAAAGUUAGUAGCAAAAUAAGUUAGUACAAGAAAAGUUAGUAAUAAAUGGAAGUUAAUCAUGCUGGAAGGGGAAGCAUAGCUAAGUGUGUCUGAGGUGUCAAAUGUACUACAAGUUCUGGGCUGGACGUGUGUGUGGAGUGCCACCUCUUCGGUGCCUGUGUGGGUGGGCCCCUUCGUAAAUGACCGCUGACUGAGGUGUGAAUGUCGAAUGCCGGCAGCACUCCCUUCACUGACUGAAUACCCUUUCACCAUCACAUCCCCUCGUGCUGCCUCUUUCUGUUAGGUAGCUAUAGCAUAUAGUCGUGGGCUUGUUCAUUUCUAUUAAUUUAUGACAAUCCUUCUGAUGUGGUGUCUUCAUUUCUUGCUGAGUGUGUGUGUGUGUGUGUGUGUGUGUGUGUGUGUGUGUGUGUGUGUGUGUGUGUGUGUGUGUGUGUGUGUGUGUGUGUGUGUGUGUGUGUGUGUGUGUGUGUGUGUGUGUGUGUGUGUGUGUGUGUGUGUCCCAAUCCUCAAGCUUCAGAGAACCAAAGACGCCGGCAUGUCCCCGGUCCUGGCCUUCCUGUGACAGAUACCAAAACAUCACCUUGCCCUCUGCUUGGGCUUGUGUGCGGUUAUGUUCUGAAACACACCGUUUGUCUGUCACUGCUCCCCGUCCCUCACGUUUGCCCCCAGAGUGUGCUUCACUUUUGGCCGUAUAGCUAUGCAUUAUGCUCCAGGGAUGGCCUCGGUCUGUCUCGGCACAGCUGAAGAGAGACCUCUGUCACUUUCCUCUUUGUGUGUUGCCUUUCUGGGGAGCUAAAUGUGGGUGGGUGGGAGAGAGGGUUCUACACACUUGGUGCCGGAGCAAAAUCCCAAAUGAAACGAGUCGACCGGCCACCCUGCCUGCCACAUACCAAAGAUGGGCCAGCCUACUGAGUUCAUUCUGGGGGGGGGCAGCUUAUUCCAAAGUUUAAAUCUUUAUUUUGGUUACAUUUCUAGGACACUUGAGGAGGGGUGGGACAAUUUAAAACCUCCUGUUGAUUUGGUGUAAAGCGCUUUCCUGUCAUAGCAUGGAGUUUAAAUACAAAGUUGUACUCUUGUUGGGGGGAAGACUGGCCUUUUGUAUUGGAUAUAUCGGCUAAGUUUCAAAUUCCAUUUUCCUGGCAGUUGUUCUUUUUGAAAUGUAUAAACACAAGCUGUACAUAUUUCUUCAGUUGUCACUUUUAGAUGAUCAUUCUGACAUUUGUGUGAGGCUGUUCUACUUUUACUAUAUUUUGACUUAUAUUUUCGCCAUUUUUUCUUUCUGCUCAUACCUGCUGUGUAGCUUACACUGUUGUCAUGGUGACCGGUGAGUGACUGGUGUAAGAGUUAUACCAUAAAAGGGGAAAGGGGCAGGAUAUAUUUGUCCCUUUCGUCACACUACUGUCGCUCAUGUUGGUUGCUAUGGGGACAUAUGCCUUUUGGGCUCUGAUUAUAAAGCAACUAGGACAUAAAGGGUUAAAAUCUGGGCAGGACUAUUAGAAAUAUGAAUUUGGGUAUAUACCUUGAUGUUUGUCUGCUGUAUUUUGUUUUUAUAUAUGAAUUCUUACUGUAACUACAGUAUACUUACUGUAAACAUUAAACCAUUUUCCAGUCUUUGUAAA